GCCGCCGCCGCCCCGGCUCCCGGCCCGGCCCUCGCUGCUGCCCCGCCGUCCCCUCGGCACGCCCGCCCGCGCCCCGACCUCGUUACCUGCUGCCACCAGGAGCAGCAUGGACGGCGCGGGGGCCGAGGAGGUGCUGGCACCUCUCCGACUAGCCGUGCGCCAGCAGGGAGACCUUGUGCGAAAACUGAAAGAAGAUAAAGCACCCCAAGUAGAUGUAGACAGAGCAGUGGCUGAGCUCAAAGCCCGAAAGAGAGUUCUGGAAGCAAAGGAACUGGCAUUGCAGCCCAAAGAUGACAUAGUAGACAGAGCAAAAAUGGAAGAUACCUUGAAGAGGAGGUUUUUCUAUGACCAAGCUUUUGCUAUUUAUGGAGGUGUUAGUGGUUUGUAUGACUUCGGGCCAGUUGGAUGUGCUUUGAAGAACAACAUCAUUCAGACCUGGAGGCAGCACUUUAUCCAAGAGGAACAAAUCCUGGAGAUCGAUUGCACCAUGCUGACUCCUGAGCCAGUUUUAAAGACCUCAGGCCAUGUAGACAAAUUUGCUGACUUCAUGGUGAAAGAUGUGAAAAAUGGAGAGUGCUUUCGCGCUGAUCAUCUCUUAAAAGCUCAUUUACAGAAACUGAUGUCUGAUAAGAAGUGUUCUGCUGAGAAGAAAUCAGAGAUGGAAAGUGUCUUGGCCCAGCUCGACAACUAUGGACAACAAGAACUUGGGGAUCUUUUCGUGAAUUACAAUGUAAAGUCUCCCGUUACUGGAAAUGAUCUGUCCCCUCCAGUACCUUUUAACUUAAUGUUCAAGACCUUCAUUGGGCCUGGAGGGAACAUGCCUGGGUAUUUGCGACCGGAAACCGCACAGGGGAUUUUUCUGAAUUUCAAGCGACUUUUGGAAUUCAACCAAGGAAAGUUGCCUUUCGCUGCUGCCCAGAUUGGAAAUUCUUUUAGGAAUGAGAUCUCACCUCGAUCUGGAUUGAUCAGAGUCAGAGAAUUCACAAUGGCAGAAAUUGAGCACUUUGUAGAUCCCAAUGAGAAAGACCAUCCCAAAUUCCAGAAUGUGGCAGACCUCCACAUUAAUUUGUAUUCAGCAAAAGCCCAGGUCAGCGGGCAGUCUGCUCGGAAAAUGCGCCUGGGAGAUGCUGUCGAACAGGGCGUGAUUAACAACUCAGUGUUAGGCUAUUUCAUUGGCCGCAUCUACCUCUACCUCGUGAAGGUUGGAGUAUCUCCAGACAAGCUCCGCUUCCGACAGCACAUGGAGAAUGAGAUGGCCCAUUAUGCCUGUGACUGUUGGGAUGCCGAGUCCAAAACGUCCUAUGGCUGGAUUGAGAUCGUGGGAUGUGCCGAUCGUUCCUGCUACGACCUCUCCUGUCACGCACGAGCCACCAAAGUCCCACUGGUAGCCGAGAAACCUCUGAAAGAGCCCAAAACAGUGAGUGUUGUUCAGUUCGAACCCAACAAGGGGACGAUUGGUAAGGCGUAUAAGAAGGAUGCGAAGCUGGUGCUGGAGUACCUGGCCGUCUGUGAUGAGUGUUACGUGACGGAGAUGGAGACGCUGCUGAGCGAGAAAGGGGAAUUCACUAUUGAAACUGAAGGAAAAACGUUUCAGUUAACGAAAGACAUGGUCAGCGUAAAGAGAUUCCAGAAAACACUACAUGUGGAAGAAGUUGUUCCGAACGUAAUUGAACCCUCCUUUGGCCUGGGCAGGAUCAUGUAUACAGUAUUUGAACAUACAUUCCACGUACGAGAGGGAGAUGAACAGAGAACAUUCUUCAGUUUCCCUGCUGUAGUCGCUCCGUUUAAAUGUUCCGUCCUACCGCUGAGCCAGAACCAGGAGUUCGUGCCAUUUGUCAAGGAAUUAUCGGAAGCCCUGACCAGGAGCGGCGUGUCUCACAAAGUAGAUGAUUCCUCCGGGUCCAUCGGGAGACGCUAUGCCAGGACCGACGAGAUUGGCGUGGCCUUCGGCAUCACCAUCGACUUCGAUACAGUGAACAAGACCCCGCACACGGCCACUCUGAGGGACCGAGACUCCAUGCGGCAGAUACGAGCAGAGAUCUCUGAACUGCCCAGUGUAGUCUGCGAUCUGGCCAACGGGAGCAUCUCAUGGGCCGACGUGGAGGCACGGUAUCCUCAGUUUGAAGGGCAGGAGACUGGUAAAAAAGAGACAAUCGAGGAAUGAGGACAUUUCAGCCGCUGUCGACCACUUGGGCUGAUAAAAGAGUAACUCUUAUCGUGUCCACUUUCUAAAAACAAAACACGACACAACAGCAUUGUGAUCGCUCCCAGGGACUAUAUUUUAUCCUCAAUGGCUGCCUGAUUUUACCCCUACAAUUAAAGAAAGAAUUCUGAACGAA